AUGACAUCGGUUGGAGAUCGAGAGGCAAUUGUCACGUGGGAUAUUGAAGCACAAACAUAUAUGCACUCAUUUUCCGUCACAAUGAACUAUGUGAUAUUCAUUGGUCAGCCAGUUUCAAUAGAUAUAAUGAAGGUAGCAGAAUAUGGUGACAUAGCAGAUGCAAUGGAAUAUCGUUACAACGACCCUACCUUUAUCUACGUUGUUGAUUUAAGAACAAAUAAGGUGACCACUGUGAAAUAUGAUAAAUUUGUGUCCUAUUUCCAUCAUAUUAAUGCUUACGAAGACAAUAACAGGAUCAUUGUUGACAUUUGUACACAAAAUUCAUCCAAUAUGUUUUCCAUGGAUUUGAACUAUAUUCAUUCUAUAACAUUGCGCAAUAACAUCACUCUCUAUAAUGGUAUAAAACGAUUUACAAUAGAUCUAAUUACACCGUCGGUUUCUGAAGAAUCUUUCGAACCAUCAAAAAAUAAUUCAUUUGCAAACAAUUUAGAUAUGCCGGCCAUCAAUGAGAAUUUCAGACACGUAAAAUACUGUUACGCAUAUGGAUUAGUCAUAAAAGCAGACGACAAAAAUUUUAAUAAAUGGGCAUUAGUAAAAAAAGAUGUAUGUAGAGUAGACGGCGAUUUAUCAUGGAUAAUUGAUAACCAUUACCCAUCUGAAGCUUGGUUUGUACCUACACCUGAUAGUAGCAGAGAAGACGACGGUGUUUUAAUGACACAUGUAUUUGAUGGCAUCAAGAAAGAAAGUUAUCUUGUACUCAUUAAUGCUACAACUAUGCAAACUAUGAGUAAAGCCAUUUUACCUACCACUAUGCCAUACAGUUUUCAUGGCAGAUUCUUUCAAGACGAUUAA